AUGGAUAUCAAACACACACGCCGUAUAUUGGCUGUCGGUGCUCCAAAUGGACCCGUCCUGGACGUCGUCAAAGAUUUGACAGGUAGCACACCUCAAGUAGAUGACUCGGGUUCAGCAGCCGGCUCUGUGCACGAAUGGGCCAUUAAGACCGCAUACUACAGUGCGACAGUACCGAUCUGGAUAGAUGAGAUCGUUGAUGCCGAUGAAUGGAAAUCAGAGUUCCUAAAGCCUGAAGCAAAAGAAGUGGUGGAAGCCAUUGGCGGCUACAUAUUUGCUUUUCGCUUGCCAGCAGAUGGUAGUGUCAGCAAAGAGGCAGAGACGAUGAUGGAGGCGAUCCAGACCAUCAACGAGGAGCACAUUGGUUACAGCGCGGACAACGUUAUGCUAGCUGUGGCUCUUCCUCCGCUGGGCAAGGACAAUGUUGUGGUGAAACUUGACGACUGGGAGGACAUCUGCAUAGCGUACGGCUUCGAGUUCGUCAACUAUGCUGUAAGAGGCAGAAAUGACCACGGCGAGAGGGUAGGCCUUGAGCGGCUGAAAGAGGCACUCGAAGCCAACGAGUGGGCGGCUGCGGAUGAUGAAGACGGCGAGCUGGAUCUUGACGACCUUGACUUCGACGCAGGAGACGACUCUGGGACUGGCUUUGGCAGAGACGAAGCAGAGAUGACGGCGGAGCUUUUUGGUAUGAAAGCUGCUCUUUCUGGAGCUGACGACUUCGAGCCUGAGGCUGAAGAUUUCCCACGAGCGAACCAGGAGAAUCAGGUCGAAGCCCUGAAUAGGAUGAUGGGCAAGCUUCUUGCGGUCAAGGAGCAGAGUGCAGAGUUGCCUGUAGCACAAAGGAAGAGGAUGGCCGCGCAGGCUAUUCGAGAUCUGUUCAAGGAGGAUGCACAGGCAUGA